ACCACUUGGGUUCAGAUCCGGGCGGCCAUUCUUCCCAAUCACGCCUCUCCAGGUUUCACUGUCGUUGCCAAUAUGAGCGUUGAAGUCCCCCAGUAGAACGAGGGAAUCACCCGGGGGAGCUUUCUCAAGUACUCCCUCGAGUGAAUACAAAAAGGGUGGGUACUCUGAGCUGCUGUUUGGCGCGUAAGCGCAAACAACAGUCAGGACCCGUCCCCCCACCCGAAGGCGGAGGGAAGCUACCCUCUCGUCCACCGGGUUGAACUCCAACAUGCAGGCUCUGAGCCGGGGGGCAACAAGAAUUGCCACCCCAGCCCGUCGCCUCUCACUGCUGGCAACGCCAGAGUGGAAGAGAGUCCAGCCCCUCUCGAGAGAACUGGUUCCAGAGCCCUUGCUGUGCGUCGAGGCUACUCAGGAGGAGCUGAAAGCAUCGUACAGGAGACUCUGCAUGCUGUACCAUCCUGACAAACACCGCGACCCAGAGCUGAAAAGACAAGCGGAACAGCUCUUCAACCAGGUGCACCAAGCUUUUGAAGUGUUGAGUGACCCUCAUGCUCGAACCAUCUACGAUCUUUUCGGGAAGAAAGGCUUGGAAGUGGAAGGUUGGGAGGUGGUGGAACGAAAAAGAACCCCCGCAGAAAUUCGGGAGGAGUAUGAACGUCUCCAGCGAGAAAGAGAAGAGAGGAGAUUGCAGCAGAGAACAAACCCCAAGGGCACCAUCAGCGUGGGCGUGGAUGCCACAGACCUCUUUGACCGUUACGAUGAGGACUUUGAGGAGAUGCCAGGCGGAGGUUUUCCUCACGUUGAGAUUAAUAAGAUGCACAUCUCCCAAUCCAUAGAGGCUCCUCUGACCAGCUCGGACACGGCAGUGCUGUCUGGCUCUCUCUCCACACAUAACGGCAAUGGUGGGGGCAACAUCAACAUGACUGUGCGCAGGGUUACGUCUGCCAGAGGCUGGGGAGAGGUGGAGUUGGGGGCCGGAGACAUCCUGGGGCCUCUCAUUGGGCUGAAGGUGUUUCGUAAUGUCACUCAGCGAUGUUUCUUGACAGCGCAGUGCGGCCUGCAGUUUUCCCCCCGGGGAGUACGCCCUAGUUGUUCUUUGAUGACAGCACGCCACCUGGACCAGAACACCAUGGGUUAUCUUCAGUGGCGCUGGGGGCCCAACAGUGCCAUGACUACAAGUGUGGUGCGGGACACCAAGAGCAGCCACUUCACUCUGGCUGUGCAGCUGGGCGUCCCUCACUCCUACCUGAUGAUGAGCUACCAGUACAAGUUCCAAGAUGACGACCAGACUAAAGUCAAAGGCUCCGUCAAGACGGGCUGGUUCGGGACAGUUCUGGAAUACGGAGCAGAGAGGAAGAUCAGCCGCCACAGUGUGCUGUCAGCCUCUGUCAGUGUGGGCGUCCCUCAGGGAGUCACCCUGAAGAUCAAGUUGGCACGUGCCAGUCAGACCUACUUGUUCCCGCUGCACCUGACGGACCAGGUGCUGCCCAGUGCCGUCUUCUAUGCUACGGUGGGACCGCUGCUGGUGUACAUGGCCGUCCACAAACUGCUCAUCAUCCCCUACACACAAGCGCAGAAAGAAGAAGAGCUGGAGCUGCAGAGGAAGAGCUCGGCCACAGACAUCGCCAAGAAGAAGCAGGAGGCGGAGUCUGCUGUCCUGCUGAUGCAGGAAUCUGUGAGGAGGAUCAUAGAGGCAGAAGAAUCCAAGAUGGGCCUGAUCAUCCUCAACGCCUGGUACGGCAGGUUUGUGUCCGACAGCGGCCAGAAGAAAGCCAAAGUGGUGGACGUCACCGUGCCCCUGCAGUGCCUGGUCAAGGACUCCAAACUGAUCCUCACCGAGGCGUCUAAGGCGGGCUUGCCGGGCUUCUACGACCCAUGUGUGGGAGAGGAGAAGAGCCUGAAGCUGCUCUACCAGUUCAGAGGAGUCAUGCACCAAGUCAUCGCCACAGACACUGAGCCGCUACGGAUACCCAAACAAUGUGAGGGGAGCAGUGGGCAGCAGCUGUGGCCACGCCCUGGAAUCAUUUUUGGUGAUUUAACCCCCAAUUCCAACCCUUGAUGCUGAGUGCUAAGCAGGGAGCUCACAGGAUUGAAGCGGAGUCAUAGGAACUGGAGCGUGCAAUCAAGGAACAUUUCAACAGACUUUUGGAGCUUCCUGUGUAGGACAGUAUCAGCCUACUCUCCCUCACGGGCCCACUCCCAGACCUUCUGCUGCGAUGUUGUACCUCCUGAAGGAGGACCUGGUGGAUCCUCAUCCUCAUCCUGUUAUAGUUCUGCUGCGAUGUUGUACCUCCUGAAGGAGGACCUGGUGGGAUCUUCAUCCUCAUCCUCAUCCUCAUCUUCUCAUAGUUCCAGCAACCAUGCAAGGAAAGGUGCUGUUUUACCUCAUCUUCUUGUGGACUUCAUCCUAUGUGUGGUCUUCAUAUAAAAUACUUGUCCUUAGUUUUCUGGGGUUUGACUUAACUGCCAUGGAACUGCAAUGUGGAUCCAUGAAAGGGAAGUGACAUCAUCGCCAUUUCCUGCUAUUGUUUUCAGGAACUGCUCAGACCCUUCCAUCCAGAAUGGUUUUCAAAAGGUAAUAAUGGAUCAGAUUUAUGUAACGCUUUGCUCUUCACAGACAACUGCUCAUUCAUUCACACGUUGAUGGUGCAGAGCUACAUUUGCUGCCCUGGGCUAGACUGGGAAUGAACAAUGCAAAUACUUCUUCACAUUUAAGAAUACCAACAUGACUUUAUGGCUGCCACAGUAGGAUCUCAACUUACGUGACAGAGCUCUUUACUCAAAACACUUGUAUCUCAAAUCAACGUCUCCCAUUGGAAUCAAUUUAAUUGGUGCUUAACCCCACCAAAACAGCACAAUUUGACUAUGUAACUUCCUUUUUAAAAAAUGCAUGUAUAGUAUUUAUUGUAUAAAAACAAAACAAUAGGAUGUACUACUAACAACUACAGUAGUUUUAUGAAGUAAUGAAAUACUAUUUUCUCCAGGCUACAGAGUGCACAAAUAUUUAAGCCGCACCCAAAUUUUAGAAGAUAAAAAUAUUUUACAUAUAUUAAAUGCACCAGAUUAUAAACCGCAGAUUUUGUAAAUGUUUAUUUACAUACCUUAAUAGUUUCCAAACGGUGCUUGUCACACGGCAGUAAAACGGAUGAUCAAACAAAACAGAAGUCAUCGUCAUGGACCCACUAGCUCGCCAAUCGGCUAAACACACUCAAUAACUCCACGGUGGCGUUUUGGUGAGUUCACGAAACUGAAACAAUACAACAAGAAUGCCAUUGUAAGUUAAUAAUCCUAACACAGACACUUGUAAACCUGUUAGCUAAUGCUAAUGACGCUCGCUUCAUUACGUUACGAAAGCACGUACAAAUAUGCAUGAAAACACUCCUACAGACAUCACACGUGGGACUGUUAAGUAAGUAAGAAUUGUUUUAGUUAUAUUGUAAAACUGACAAAUGUUGCUUACAGUGACAAAUGAAGAAUCCUUUUCGAGCAGAAACACUAUGGACGAUUUUUAACCGGCAGCACCUGCGGUGAGCGAUCUCGUCCAAAAGAUGGCGCCGUAGCACAAACAACAACACACCUUUUCAGUGUCUCCGCGGGUAUAAUGUGAAAACUAUUUGUUGAACAUUGUGGCCCGUUAGCAAAGAAAAAUCCAUAAAUUAGCCGCAGUGUUUUAUAAGGGUGGGAAAAAAGUAGUCUGAAAAAUGUGAAGUGAAGUGAAGUGAAUUAUAUUUAUAUAGCGCUUUUCUCUAGUGACUCAAAGCGCUUUUACAAAGUGAAACCCAAUAUCUAAGUUACAUUUAAACCAGUGUGGGUGGCACUGGGAGCAGGUGGGUAAAGUGUCUUGCCCAAGGACACAACGGCAAUGACUAGGAUGGCGGAAGCAGGGAUUGAACCUGAAACCCUCUAGUUGCUGGCCCGCCAACCGAGCUAUACCGCACCAAAAUACAGUAACAAUGUUCAGAAUUUAUUUACCAGCUCCUUCUCCGUCAAACACACCUUCUGCAGCCUUUCCAUAUUGUCAUGGAUAAAUGUCCACCGUUUAGAUUUAAACAUUCUUAGCUGGCUCGGUGUAGACUCGCCGUGAUACGCUCAAAUGACUUCGUUGAGUCAGCGACGCGCUCGAUCAUUUAUUUAUUUCUUUAAUGUAAUUCUUCUUCCUUCCCAUGCUUGGAAAAACAAAGUCAUGUCGAUAUUCUCGCUCUAAGUAGUAGUAAGAAGUAACCAUAACGCAACCAGUAAGAAGUAACCAUAAUGCAGCGAGUAAGAAGUAACCAUAACGCAGCGACCACUUCCUGUCAGCCAAUCCACCCAGAUGUGACCACUGCCUGUCAGCCAAUCCACCCAGAUGUGACCACUUCCUGUCAGCCAAUCCACCCAGAUGUGACCACUUCCUGUCUGCUAAUCAACCCAGAUGUGACCACUUCCUGUCAGCCAAUCAACCCAGAUAUGACCACUUCCUGUCAGCCAAUCAACAGAGAUGUGACCACUUCCUGUCUGCUAAUCAACCCAGAUGUGACUACUUCCUAUCAGCCAAUCAAACCAGAUGUGACCACUUCCUGUCAGCCAAUCAACCCAGAUGUGACCACUUCCUGUCAGCCAAUCAACCCAGAUGUGACCACUUCCUGUCUGCUAAUCAACCCAGAUGUGACCACUUCCUGUCAGCUAAUCAACCCAGCACUUCCUGUCAGCUAAUCAACGCAGAUGUGACCACUUCCUGUCAGCCAAUCAACCCAGAUGUGACCACUUCCUGUCAGCUAAAACAUGUUGUCAGUAAAACCCAUCCAUCCAUCCAUUUUCUUCUGUUUAAGAUUGUUUUGUUCCAAAGGUGAGUGAGUACACAGCAGAAAAGUAAAUAUACUUUCUGAAAGUGUUAAAAACCAAACAUUUACUUUGUCAUUUGUCUUUCUGUAUUUCAUUCCAUGUCGGUACCCAGUAAAUAGUUCUUUUAUAACUGCA